AUGGGUAAACAGGCCAGCACGAUCGGGAUUCCCAUCAAGCUUCUGAACGAAGCUCAGGGACAUGUUGUUACGUUGGAGAUCACUUCCGGCCAGGUGUAUCGAGGAAAGCUGCUUGAAGCUGAGGAUAACAUGAACGUUCAACUCAAAGAUAUAACCGUCACGGCGCGUGAUGGUCGUGUGUCGCAUUUGGACCAAGUCUACAUUCGCGGAAGCCACGUGCGAUUCUUUAUUGUACCAGACAUGCUAAGUUCAAGCACUAAUAUUCUCCCACCUGCAGGAAUGCCCCCAUGUUCCGCACUCGAGGCCAGCGUGGCAGGGGUGUUGGUCUGGCUCGUGGAAAGGCCACCGUCAACAGGGCUAGAGGACAGAAGAGGGGUUGAGGAUGUCUACCCCUGCUACGGAUACCAAGCUGGAUUGAAUUGGAUCUCACUCAGAUCUACGACCUCCUUCGACAAUUACAACCCGUUCUUCUUUUCCUCUCACGACACUGAAUUCCAUCUCAAUAUUUCCAUGGGCCCCUGCAGACUCAAGGGUUCGGGCCAGGGGCGACCGUGGUUUCCUACUGAGGUAAUGUCUUCAUGA